AUGGACGUCCGCCUGUACCCCUCGGCGCCCCCGGUGGGCGCGCGGCCCGGGGCCGAGCCGGCCGGCCUGGCGCACCUGGACUACUACCACUGCGGCAAGUUCGAUGGUGACAGUGCCUACGUGGGGAUGAGUGACGGAAACCCAGAGCUUCUAUCAACCAGCCAGACCUACAACAGCCAGAACGAGAGCAACGAAGACUAUGAGAUCCCCCCGAUAACACCUCCCAACCUCCCAGAGCCGUCCCUCCUGCACCUGGGGGACCACGAAGCUGGCUACCACUCGCUGUGCCACAGCCUCGCGCCCAACGGACUGCUCCCUGCCUACUCCUACCAGGCCAUGGACCUCCCGGCCAUCAUGGUGUCCAACAUGCUGGCCCAAGACAGCCACCUGCUGUCGGGCCAGCUGCCCACGAUCCAGGAGAUGGUCCACUCAGAGGUUGCUGCCUAUGACUCGGGCCGGCCAGGGCCCCUGCUCGGUCGCCCAGCGAUGCUGGCCAGCCACAUGAGUGCCCUCAGCCAGUCCCAGCUCAUUUCUCAGAUGGGCAUCCGGAGUGGCAUCGCCCACAGCUCCCCGUCGCCCCCAGGGAGCAAGUCAGCGACCCCCUCUCCCUCCAGUUCAACUCAGGAGGAGGAAUCGGAAGCGCAUUUCAAGAUGUCGGGAGAGAAGAGACCCUCAGCUGACCCAGGAAAAAAGGCCAAGAACCCAAAGAAGAAGAAGAAAAAGGACCCCAAUGAGCCACAGAAGCCAGUGUCCGCCUACGCGCUCUUCUUCAGAGACACUCAGGCCGCCAUAAAGGGACAGAACCCCAGCGCCACCUUCGGGGACGUGUCCAAAAUCGUGGCCUCCAUGUGGGACAGCUUGGGAGAGGAGCAGAAGCAGGCCUACAAGAGGAAGACCGAAGCGGCGAAAAAGGAAUAUCUGAAGGCUCUGGCAGCCUACCGGGCUAGCCUGGUCUCCAAGAGCUCCCCGGACCAGGGUGAGACCAAGAGCGCCCAGGUGAACCCGCCAGCCAAAAUGCUCCCGCCCAAGCAGCCCAUGUACGCCAUGCCAGGCCUGGCCUCCUUCCUGACGCCCUCGGACCUGCAGGCCUUCCGCAGCGGGGCCACCCCCGCCAGCCUCGCCCGGACGCUGGGCUCCAAGUCGCUGCUGCCAGGCCUCAGCGCAUCCCCGCCACCACCACCCUCCUUCCCGCUCAGCCCCCCGCUGCACCAACAGCUGCCACUGCCCCCUCACGCCCAGGGCGCCCUCCUCAGCCCACCUGUCAGCAUGUCCCCAGCACCCCAGCCUCCUGUCCUGCCCACUCCCAUGGCACUCCAGGUGCAGCUGGCGAUGAGCCCUUCACCGCCAGGGCCACAGGACUUCCCUCACAUCUCCGAGUUCCCCGGCGGUUCCGGAUCCCGCUCCCCUGCCCCAUCCAACCAGAACAGCGGAGACUGGACAGCAGCUACGCCAGCGGG